AUGGCGACAGCAACUUGUCCAUAUUCUAAAUGGUUGGAGUAUAGCGUGGAGAAAGAUUCUGUCUAUUGUCUAAGUUGUUAUUUAUUCAAAGAUGAUUUUUUCCAUGGAAGUACAAGUGAGUUUUACACAAAAACGGGUUUUAGGAGUUGGAAUAGAGCACUUGAAAGAUUCUGUAAGCAUGUUGGUGAUGUUAAUAGUAUUCAUGACAAAUGUUUCAACAAGAUGCUAGAUUUGUCAAAUCAUCAUCAAUCAAUUCAAGUUGUUAUUAAUAAGCGUUCUCAAAAGUUAAAAAAUGAGUAUCGAAUGCGUUUGGAAGCCUCAAUUGAUGUGUCAAGACUUCUUUUGCAAUAUGGAUUACCUUUUCGAGGUCACGAUGAAAGUGAAUCUUCAAUUAAUCAAGGCUUCUUUCUAGGGUUUUUGCGGUGGCAUAGGGACAAACAUCUGGAUGUGGGAAAAGUGAUAUUAGAAAAUGCCCCACAAAAUGAUACUUUGACUUGUCCUAUGAUUCAAAAAGAUAUUGUCAAUGCUUGUGCAAAAGAAACAUUGAAAGCAAUAAUUGUGGACUUGAAUGAAGAUUACUUUGGUAUAUUAGUUGAUGAGUCAAAAAACAUCUCUCACAAAGAACAAAUGGAUGUUUUGCGUUUUGUUAAUAAGAAUGGUGAAGUAGUUGAACAAUUUAUCGGUCUUGUCCAUGUUAGUGAUACAUCAGCAUGUUCAUUGAAGAAAACGAUUUAUUCUUUGCUUUCCGUUCACUCACUAAGUCCAUCCAAAAUACGUGGACAAGGUUAUGAUGGAGCUAGUAAUAUGAAAGGAGAGAUAAAUGGGCUCAAAACUUAG